AAAAAUUAGAUUUUACUUGUAAUAUUGAUUCCUAUAAUUCUGAUUCUAAUGUUAGCUGUGUUAUAAGUUGGAUUACUUGGCUUUGUGAGUAUUCCAAGUUUUUAGGAUUCUCUCUUAGAAUUUCAUAUAAAUAGACAUCUAAAUGGUUUGUAAAUAGAGAUGAAUAUCAUAUAGCAAGUAAAUAAUUGUUGGAUGAUAGGAAAUUUACAUCUAAUACUAAGCAUAUUUUAAUUAAAUAUUUGGUGUAAGUGCACAUUUGAGACAUUAUUGUUUUGGUGAGUUUUAAAACUAUUCAUCCUGGUAUUUCUUUUAAUUUAUUUAGGACUUUGGAUGAAAAGUAAAUUGCUCCAUAUUCAUUUUCAUCUGGUGAAUUAACAGAUGAAUAAUAUAUAGUAGCCUGGAGUCAUUCUAAAUAUAAAAAGUUGGAAUAAUUACAAAGAGAAAAUCGUCCUUUAAGUUUUUUGAUGAAUAAGAUUACAUAAUCACUUAUAUUAUCAGAUAUCAUAAUAAAGUAUUAUUUAAAUGAUUUAAAAAUAGUAAUACAAGAUCACUUUCGUAAGAUUUAUAAAUAGCAUCUGAUGAUAAAGAAGAUGAUUCAACUCUUAUUGCAAUAAAUUAUGCUUCUUUAAUGGUUCAUUGUACAGAUUCAUUAGUAAUGAGAAUACCAUAAUUUACAAAAAAUUAAUAAAUUUUACUAAACAACAUUAAUACUGUAGAUUGGUUACCGACAGAAGAAUUUGAAUUAGAUUCUACCUUGAAUUUCACAAUGUCAUAUUAGCAGAACGAUUAAUUUACAUUAAAUCCAUCGUUGACAAUAACUUAAAUAAUAUCUUAAGAUAAUGAUAAGAAAUGCUAUUUAACAGCAAAGAUUUCAAAUUAAUAUUUGCUUGAUUUAACAUCAAGACAUUAUUAAUAACAUGAGAGUUAAGGUGAGAGGGAACAUGAGUUAUUUACAGCUAUCAUCAAUAAUUAAUUCACAACUUUAGCUCCUUAAGAUUUUAGUAAUAUGGCUAUUUUUGAAUCUAUCAUUAAAUACAUAGUAAAAACUAAAGAUUUUAGUGAUUCUUCUCGUGAUACUUUAAAUGAAGAUUUAGCACCUUAAAUACUCAAUUAAUGUAAAGAAUUAGCAUAAAAUACAACACUUAAUUCAACAUCUUUAACUUAUUCGUUUGGUUAAAAUAAAUUUUAUAUGUUAUUCUCUAAAGUCAAUAUAUAUUCAACAAAGAAAGUAUCAAUAAUUACUGCACCUGAAAAUGGAAGAAGAUAUGUUUAUAUUGAACCAGAAGAAAAUAAUUUUAUGAUGCCAUCAUUUAUUUUGGUUCAUUAUUUUGAAGAAUAAUCACUUAUUUAAGAACUUUAUGAAGGAACAUCAUUAAAUAAUGUCAGAAUAUUAGAAAUUAUAGUGUUAAUUGUUAUAAUCGUAUUAUCUGUUCGUAAUAAUAUAUCGAUAUAUAUUAGUUAUAUUUUUAUUUGUUUGGUACACAGCUACUAGAAUUGGAUUAUCUUUUGAAUAACCAAUUAAAGUUUUAACUGAUUUUAUGAAUAGUAUUGAUAUAUAAAAUAUGGAUCAAGAGGAAGAAUUAAUUAACUAUUAAGAUUAUUUUAACUCUUUUGAAAUUAAAUCUUUAUUUCAAACUAUGAAUAUAUUUGUUACAACCAUUAAAUAUUCUAAUCAAAAAUAUUCUAAUUCUAAACAUUCUGAUGCUUUAGCAUUAAUGGAAUUGAGUAAGGCUAAAGAUUUUUAUAAAAAAGAAAUUGGAAAUAUGAGUGCAGUAGGAAUUUGUGCAAAUAAUAUUGGAAUCUUACAUAUGAAAGGAGGAAGAGUAUUUGAAGCUAUUAAUGAAAUGGAAGAGGCUAUCUAUAUUGCUAAAUUAGAGUUAAUUGAAAUUAAAGAAUUAAAAAAAUGGUGUUUAGGUAUGUAAGCUGCAUUGUAAGAACCUAAUCUCUAUUAAAAUUUCAAAUUAAGACUAAAAGUAUUGGCAUAAAAGUUUAAAUAAUAAAUGAAAAUUAAUUGGAUAAGUGUAUAAAUAAAGAAAAAAGAUAAUAAAUCAAAAAAGGUUGAAAGUUAAUUAAAAUUAAAUUCAUAGUCUCUAAUUAAUAAAACAAAAGAUUAACAUAAUAAAAAUUAAUCUACAACCCAAUUAUUAUAAAAAACUAAUAUACCACAUAUUGCAUUAAUUAAUACUGGUACAUAAAAUAAAAUCACUUAAAUAUAAACUAAUUCUAUUCAAACUCCCUUAUAAAAAAAGAGAUAAAGUGGAAGAAUAUCAUUUGCAGAUAAUAGAUAACAUUUGUAACCAAUUAAUUCACUUGAUCAAGAAUAAUCUCUUUAAAUAUCACCUCAACUUUCUCCAAAUUUAUCCAAUAAUCGAGUAAAAUAUUUAGGUGGUCAUUCUUAUAAUUAAAGUAGUAUUAUCAGCUAGAGAUUGGAUUUGAAAGAGAGUAUCAUUCAAUAAGAUGAAAGAUAAAAAGAUGAGGAAUAUAGACACGAUUAAGAAGAAAGAGUAAGAGGAGACUCUGGAUAAUCUACAGGAGGAAUGACAGAAUUAUAAAUGAUUGAAGAAAAGAUUGCAGAAUUGAUGAAAAAGAAAUAAUUAGCCAAAGCUAAAUUAUUAAAUAGAUAAUUUUAAUUAGCUCAAUUUAUGUUUACUAUUUGUAUGCAAAAUGAAAUCUUUAUUCCAGAAACACUUAAAUUAUUUAAUGAUUUUGAAGCAACUGCUGAAAAAGAUUAAAAAUUUACAUAAAGUAAUGUAGUUAGAUUAAUUAAUCUUCAUGUUAAAAAAGCUCUUUGUUAUAUAUAAAUAGGAGAUUUAAGUAAUUUUAAAAUAUCCGAAAAAAAAGCCUUAGAAUAUUACAACAAAUUGAAUGAAAAUUUUAAUUCUGAAUUUAAUUAGGCAGAACAAGAUUUCAAUUUUGUUGACAUGUUUAAAAAUGUACCUAAAGAGGUAUUACUUUCAAAAAUUAUGUAAUUAUAAGCUAUAUAUUAAUUAAUUGAUGGAAAUUUCAAAACAGGUGCUGAGAUAUUAACAUAAAUAAUAGAAUUAGGUGAAUAUUAUGAUCCUGAAGUACGUGAUUUCUGUUUAAUGGUCUUAGAGAAAAUCUUUAAUCUGUUUAAUAUUUCUCCAUUGCCUAUUCAAUAAUUUAGAAACUAAAUCUCAAUAAAUAUCUAUGAAAUUGUAUUUAUGAUUGAUUACUCCAAAGAAAUGACCCUUGAGUAAAUUAAUUUAUCUCAUAGCAUUUCAACUAAGAUCUUUCAUAUUUUAUAACCUUAAGAUUUAGUUGGUAUGUAUGGAUUUAACAAUUCUUUACAUGAAGCCUUUCCAUUAUAACCAAAAGGAACAUAUAAAGAUUUAUUAACUAAAUAAUUGUUUAUGGCUAUUACUGUACCUGGAGGAAAAUCAAAGUUAUUCUAAGCCUUAAAAUAUUCUGUAAAGAAUUUCUUUGAACAUAAAAUUACUAUUUAUGAUAGUGAUUAAGAGAAAAAGAAAAAUAGAAAUUUAAAUGAAAAAUAAAAAAUGUAAUUGCCCCCAGUUGCAGAAGAAGAUGAAGGAAAAAGUAUGAUUGCUGAUAAUGUUGAUGAUAAAAGUCAACGUGUAAUUUUUAGGUAUCUAUUUUUAUUAUCUAAUUAUUAUAGUUAAGAUUAUUAGUAUGAUGUAACUAGUGAGUCUGACUCUGAUUCUUAAGAUGAAGAUUUUUAAUUUAUUAGAAAUGAACAUGGAAAUAAUAAUAUAGAAUAAGAAAAAUAAUAAUCAACAAAUGAUUUUAGAACUAGAUAUAAAUUUAUUUGUCUCUUUACUGAAGGUAUUUGUAAUUUCAUCUAUAUUUUAGUAAAUAAAAAAAUGAGUGAGAAAUCUGAAUUAAAGUUAAGAUAAGUAUUGGAAAAGAAUUAAGUCGAUCUUAUGGUAUUCAAUAUUGCAAAUUAAAAUGCUAAUAUGUUAGAAUUGAAGAAAAUCUCUAAAAUCACUCCAAGAAGCAUAUUUGUAAAUGCAACAGCAAAUCUAGAAUAAUUAUUUGGUAAAUCACGAUAAAAUUAACUACAGAAAAAAAUGUAUUUAGAAUUUUUUUGA